AUGCAUAAGGAAGACCUUGAGAAAUCCGGGGAAGCAUUGAUCGAGUUCAUCGAGAGCAGUAAGGCAGAGAGCAUUCUCCGAGGAGCGAGAGAGAAGCUGCAGCAGUUCUUUGACCACCACGCCAAGACCAAGAAGACCACAGGCGAACUCUUAGAUGAGGAAGUGGUCGGUCAGAAGCUUCUGGAUUUAGAGCAGCGUAAGAGCCAUAUGGUGCAGGAGAUCGAGAGGACGGAGCUGGAAGUACAGCGGAGCCGCUCCAAAAGCCAAAUCCUGGACUCGGAGCAGGAAUUCUUGCUGAAAGAGCUGGAAAGACUCCGAGAUACUGAGCAAGAAAUUCAGACUCUGCAACAGGAAGUGGAUGAGGACACAACCGAGGUCAUUCCUUCAGCCAUAUACAUCGCUCAGCUCUACUUUAAAGUAACCAAGAUAAAGUUGGAGGUGGACACAGAGCCGCACAUCCUGAGAGGAGCUCAAUACAGCACGGAUGUGGCCACCUCCAUUAACAUAGACACAUCCACCCGCUCGCCCUGCGAGAUCAGUGAUGACCUGUGGAGCCUGGUUAAUACUCAAUGGUAG